CUGGCUGUUAAGUUCUGUUGCUACUGGUGGAUACCAGAAGCACCCUUGACCUUCACGCACAAUGAGGAACAGCCAGGUUUUUUGAGUGUGGAUUUGUGCUGCGAUGGAACAGUGUUUUAGGGGGCUGUGUCACAGCCUUUGUAAAUUCUGGAGUGUCUCUGUGAAGGGCUGUUUUGUUAAGAAAAAGGAGGAAGAGCUUAUCCCUUCGUCUGAAAGUAUUUUUCACAAAGAAAAAAUUGUGCUCCUUGGCUGUACGUUGAAGGACAGUUCUGCAUCCAUUGAAAAGAGAGCUCAAGCCGCCCACAGAAUUGGAUUGUUGGCUUUCACAGGAGGACCCAAUGCUGGGAAAUUUGCAGCUGAGUACAUGCCAGAAAUAGCUUUCUUGUUGCAAGAGGAGAUGCCGUCCAAAUCAAAGAUCCUGCUGCUCCAGAGCGUAGCAUGUUGGUGUUACUUAAACCAUGCCAGCCAGAGAAGUGCCAGGCAUCUGCAGUUUGUUCCCAUCCUCGUUAGGUUUUUCGAAAGCAAUCUUGAGCCUGCUGUCAAAGGCGACACACAGAGCAACCUCCUCAUUCAGUUUUGGACAUGCUAUGCUCUCUCCGUCAUGACAUGCAAUAACCUGUCUAUCAUGAAAGAGCUGAAAGACUGCAAUAACCUAAAAUAUCAUUUGCAAAUGUUGGCUACUGAGAAUUGGUCCGGAUGGCCUGAAAAUUUUGCGGAAGUGUUGUAUUUCCUCGUUGGUUUUCACCGGAGUUAGUUUCUAGAAAUCCAGUUGGGGGGAGCAGCUGUCUAUACCCCUGUAUUACCCUGGGAAGUUGAAUAAAAGUUGAGACAGUA